GAUAAUGUUCAGUCGACGUCCGUCCCUCGGCAAAAUCGGUACGUGUUUUUCUGCUCGACUCUAUUCUCUUUUCUUAAAAAAAAAACGUGCGUUCGUUAUUAGCGAAAGAAUCGCGAUUGAAACAUGAUCAAAAAUCACACCUGAUCGUUACGUUAUUCGAUCAAACAUAAUCGUCUUGCUAGCAUGAUCGUGUAUCAACUUCUUUAGUUUCUUUGCACCACGUGCUUGCUCUCAUUACAACGAUUAUCUCUUUAUCUUUUGUAAAUGUCACAUGUUCCAGAGGAAAGAUCGAUCACUCUUCUCGAUCGAUAGAAGUAUAUUAUGGAAAUAUCGAAUAGUGUUAAACGUAUAUCAUAGUAUUUUAUUUUGUGCAUAUGAGGAGAUACGAAGUGAAAGAUUAAAUCAAAGUUUAUUGAAAAGAGUAACAAAGAGUAAUUAUGGAUUUUUAAGUGGAAGAGUUCUCAAAAAAUAUACUGAAAAGUAUACUGAGUAAAAACAUUUUUUGUACUAAUGAUAAAAAAACGUCAGCGAUAACGAAAACCUUGACACGUCUUAAAACAACGCUGUUUAUCAUUAUCGUACAUUACAUUAAAAGAAAAGAAAUUUCAGAAGUAACUGGGAAGAAAUAAUAAUUCAUCGUUUGUACAAUAUUAAUAAAUCGUAAAAAUGUCCGUAUUACUAUUACGUACGUUCUCAAUUAUUUUCAUGCUAUUUGUGAUAGCGAACGUUGUCGUUCAUGGAAAUCCUUUUCCUGCGCAUAACAAAAAUGAAGAAUUUACUUUGCAUAUUGUCCACACCAAUGAUAUGCACGCAAGAUUCGAAGAAACAUCGAGAUUGUCGGCACCAAUUUGUUCUAAACAGGAUGCCGCGGCGGGUAAGUGUUACGGUGGUUUCGCCAGAAUAGCGACCUUGGUUCGUGAGGCUAGAAAUUCGUCCAUACCAACGUUGUUCUUGAACGCUGGCGAUACUUAUCAAGGUUCCGUAUGGUAUAAUAUCUACAAGUGGAAAAUUGUUGCAAACUUUCUCAACAUUCUCGCGCCAGAUGCUAUAAGUCUUGGAAACCAUGAGUUCGAUGACGGUGUAAAUGGUUUGAUACCUUUCAUUGAGGAAGCAAAGUUUCCGAUUCUCGCGGCGAAUCUUGACCUUUCAAAACAGCCAAACUUAAAAGCCACGAAGUUAGCGAACAGUACGGUCUUAGUGAUAAAUGGUACAAAGAUCGGUGUGAUCGGUUAUCUCACGCCAGAGACGACGAUCAUAGCGAUCACCGAAAAUGUGAUCAUUAACGACGAGAUACCUGCAAUUCGUGAGGAAGCAAAGAAAUUAAAGAAACAGGGUGUAGAUAUUCUCAUUGCUUUGGGUCAUUCUGGAUUCAAUAUUGAUAAAAAAAUCGCCAAAGAAGUCGAGGACAUCGACAUUGUCAUCGGUGGACAUACCAAUACCUUUCUGUAUCGUGGCGAACAACCUGACGCUGAACAUCCCGAAGGUUUUUAUCCUACUGAAAUCGUACAGGACAACGGUAGAAAAGUUUAUGUUGUUCAAGCAUAUGCUUACACUAAAUACCUUGGUAACUUUAGUGUAACUUUCGACUCAAACGGCGAAGUUACUCACAUCGAGGGCAAUCCGAUUCUCGUCGAUCAUAGUAUCAAACAGGCACCGGACGUUCUCGAAGAACUGGAUCGAUUCAGACCUGCGAUCGAUAAUAUAAGCACUACGGAAGUUGGAAAAACUCGUGUAUUACUCAAUGGUGAUAGUAAAAUCUGUAGGCGAGAAGAAUGCAAUUUAGGAAAUCUCAUUACCGAUGCUAUCAUCGAUUACAAUACCCAGGAAUAUUUUGCCAAAGGAAAAUGGACCGAUGCUGCUAUUGCCGUUCAAAAUUCUGGAAGUAUAAGAGCGUCUAUCACUAGAGCUUUGAACGAUAAGAUCACAAUGGGUGACGUACUUGGGGUUCUACCUUUUGGCAACAUCAUCUUCAAGACAUCUAUGACAGGAAAACAAAUGCUCUCAAUGUUGGAAUGGAGCGUGUAUAAUCUUAAUUACAAUUCUUCGGAUAAUUUAUUCGGUGCAUUCCUUCAAUUUUCUGGUCUUCAAGUCUUAUAUGACAUUUCUCGUCCGCCGAAUUCGAGAGUAGUUUCCGUCCAAGUACGAUGCGCCGCUUGUAAUAUUCCAAGUUACAGUGAUCUCGAUAAAAAUGCAACUUACGAAGUUCUGAUAAAUGAUUUUAUGUAUAACGGAGGAGACGGUUACAAGAUGUUGAAAGAUCUUAAAUAUACUUCAAUGGGUGUUACUACAGCGGACGUGGUUAUUCAAUAUUUGAAAAAAUUCAGUCCUGUAUAUACUGGUGUCGAUUGGAGAAUUAAUUACGUGCACGAAAAAUUAUAUUCUAAUAUGUUAAAUAACGAAAGUACAUCAUCUGCUUCAGUUAGAGGAUAUUCGGUAGUACUUAUAAUUUUGCUGACAAUGAUUACUGGAUUGUUAACGUGAUUAUGUCGCUCGUAAUGAUGAUUUUACUUUAUGUUAAGUUCAUAAAAGGAAAGAAAAUUUUGACAGUAUUUACAUAUUAAUUACGUGAUUAUGUAAUAUUAUGUGCAUAUAGCCUAUCUAUCAUAUAAAUGCAAGUAAUUUGCAUAUCUAUAUAUAUAAUUUGUUAAUAUCUCUUGUAAACAUAUAUUUUUAUCUUUCUUAAAUUGAUAACAAAUUUUUAUGAUAUAUUAUUUGAUCUAUUACUUUGCCAUAAUAUAUUAAUUAAUUUUCUUAUUACACAUGCAUUUAAAGACUCGCACAUACUGUACAAUGUAAUGUCUAAGUGAUACCUAAGUGGAAAUGAUCGUAUAUGAUGAUACUAGCAAUAUAUUUCAUUAUUGGAUUUGUAUCGCAUUCUCUACCUCAGAAAAUAUAAUAAUGCGACUAGUUUAUUUUUGCAA